AUGGUGAUGGACCGUCUGCCCACCAAACUCCCCUUCUCGAAGCGCCGACUGCGGCCGCGAGUGAUCAUUUCAUAUAUCAUCGACUAUGUCAUCCUUGUCGGCCUUGUCGUCGGUUUCUACAUCGUCGAUAGCCUCGAGCCAUACCACCAGCGCUUUUCAUUAAACAAUAUCUCCCUUCAGUAUCCAUACGCCGACCCCGAACGGAUAUCGAUUUUUGCAGCCGUCGCUUGUUCGGGGGGAGCUCCGCUCGUUAUAAUUGCUCUCUACACACUGUUCGUUGACGGGCUAUUCUCGCAUAGCAAACCGAUUAAAACGAAUGGGAAGAGGAAGUUUACAGGGCCAUACCGAUUCAAGGAUCGGCUGUGGGAGUUCAACUGCGGGUUUCUCGGUCUUGUCUUAUCCCAGGCGCUGGCUUUUGUCAUUACCCAAGCCCUGAAGACUGCUUGCGGCAAGCCCAGGCCGGAUGUCAUUGCUCGAUGCCAGCCUAGGCCUGGUAGCGCGGACGGGGUGCCCUAUGGACUGUCGGAUUAUAGUAUAUGCACUGGGGAUCCUCAUAUCCUGAAAGAUGGCUUCCGGUCAUGGCCUUCAGGACAUAGUAGCUCUUCGUUCGCGGGUCUCUUCUAUCUAUCACUUUGGAUCGGCGGCAAGUUGCAUAUCAUGGACAACAAGGGCGAAGUCUGGAAGAUGUUCUUGGUCAUGUUUCCCUGCCUCGGCGCGACCCUGAUCGCCGUAUCUCGAAUUAUGGACGCGCGACACCACCCGUUCGACGUGAUCACCGGAUCGCUACUAGGUAUAGUCUGCGCCUCCAUCUCCUACCGGCAAUACUUCCCAUCCCUCUCCGAACCUUGGAAGAAGGGCAGAGCCCACCCGAUUCGGUCUUGGGGCACCGAGCCAGUAUAUCCAGGUGCGUACGGUCCGACGGAUAGCACCGCCGCGCUUCGGAACCCUGAAGACGAUCGGAUGCACGAGCCCGCGCCAUCUGUGGUCCCGGAAUCCGCCCCGCCUCCCCAAACAUACCCGCCGCUUAACCCGUACGCUCCAAGUGUAUACUCUCGCCCAGCGCGCGAAGACACCUGGUCAUCCUCGAGCGAAGAAGAUGUCGCGAACGGAUUCGAAAUGCGGCCGGGCUAUACCAGGGCUGCUAACCCGGCUCUUCCCACAUAUGAGCCUGCGAUGGCAUAUCAAUCUCAGACGAUGCCAACGAGCAGCCCCAGUCCAGGACCAGGCCCGGCCCAGGGAGCUCUGUAUCCGGGGAUGGCCAUUAGUCCGCCUCCUGGGGUUGCAAUAACUCCCCCGCCCCCUGGAACGCGACCGCAUGAAACCUAA